GGUGCUCAGUGUGAGUUAAGAUAAGAAUAUGGAAGCUUCAGAGAAGAAGAAAAUUGUAAACUCUUCUUCUUCUUCUUCUUCUUCUUGGCUUGGUUUCUGCACUAAGUUCCAAUGUUUCCCCAUAAAUUCUUUUUCUAAGUCGCCGCCGUCUCCGCCGCCGCCGCCAUCUCCGCCGGAAAAUGGAUGUGAUGAAGCAAAACCAGCCCAGAACCAGAGGCGGCCUGGAGGGUGGAGAUCCAUGCCUUUUAUCUUAGGGAACGAAACUUUCGAGAGAUUGGCCACGAUGGGGCUGUUGGGAAAUUUCAUGGUAUUCCUGCUAUCGCAGUUCCAUAUGGACCAAGUGAUGGCUUCAAACAUGCUCAACAUAUGGUCCGGCAUCACCAAUUUCACCCCCUUGAUCGGCGCAUUCAUUUCCGAUUCUUACUUGGGCCGAUUCACCACCAUCGCUUAUGCUACCGUCGCUUCUUUCAUGGGCAUGGUGACAAUGACCCUCAUAGCAUGGAUUCCUCAGCUGCACCCUCCACCAUGCAAGAACCUACAAUCCAAUCAAUGCUUAGGUCCAACGAAAUCCCAAUUGGGCGUAUUAGCCGUAGCGCUCGGAUUUCUAUCAAUCGGUUCAGGCGGGAUUAGGCCAUGCAGUAUACCUUUCGGAGUUGACCAAUUCGAUUCGAAUACCGAAGAAGGAAGGAGAGGGAUCAAUAGUUUCUUCAAUUGGUACUAUACCACAUUUACCCUUGUAUUGAUUAUUGCACUCACUUUGGUGGUUUAUAUCCAAGACUCGGUGAGUUGGGUUUGGGGGUUUGGUUUGCCCACGGCGCUCAUGUUGUGCUCGAUCUUGUUGUUCUUUGUGGGCACGAGGCUGUACGUUUAUGUGAAGCCGGAGGGGAGUGUGUUCUCCGGUAUAGGGCAGGUUUUCGUCGCCGCUUACAAGAAACGUAGGCAGAAGCUUCCGGAAGAUUACGUUGACGGGGCCUACUACGACCCGCCCCCUUUGAAGGGGACGGUUGUCAAGAAGCUACCCUUAACAAAUCAAUACAGAUUCUUGGACAAAGCUGCGUUAAUAAUCGAAGGAGAUAUUCGACAAGAUGGAUCGAAUUCGAAUCCAUGGAGGCUCUGCGCAAUCCAGCAAAUCGAAGAAACCAAAUGCCUAUUCCGAAUCAUCCCAAUUUGGGGAUCUGGAAUAAUCUGCUUCAUGGCAAUGGCGCAACAGGGCACAUUCACACUAUCCCAAGCCCUAAAAAUGGACCGCCACCUCAGCCCUAAUUUCCAGAUCCCGGCGGGCUCACUCGCCGUGAUCUCCAUGGUCACCGUCGGAAUCUGGCUCCCGAUCUACGACCGCCUCAUCGUCCCGGCGCUCAGAAAAAUCACCGGCCUCGAGGGCGGAAUCAGCCUCCUCCAGCGGAUGGGGAUCGGAAUCGUGUUCUCGGUUCUGUCGAUGGUGGCGGCGGGGAUCUUCGAGCGCGUGAGGCGAGCCUCCGCCGUGGCGCACGCCGGGCCGGACGGGGUGGCGCCGCUGACUGUAUUCUGGCUGGCCCCGCAGCUGAUGCUGAUGGGGUUCGCGGAGGCGUUCAAUAUUAUAGGGCAGAUCGAGUUCUACAACAAGGAGUUCCCGGAGAAUAUGAGCAGCGUCGCGAAUUCGUUGUUCUCUUGUACCAUGGCCGGAGCUAAUUACCUGAGCGCCGUUCUGGUGAAUGUGGUGCACGGUACCACCGGUGGGGACGGCCGCCCUGAUUGGUUGACCAGGGAUAUUAAUGCUGGGAGGGUUGAGAAUUUGUAUUUUCUGAUUGCCGGAAUGGGUGUGCUGAAUUUGGGCUACUUCCUUUGGGUGGCGCGUGGGUACCAGUACAAGAGUAAGUACAGAGUUGACGACGGCGGUGGUUUUGAUGAUGUUGAGCUCAAUGUUGCCGGGAAAUGACGUCACUUUUCGUGAUUAAGUUUGAUUAAUAUUGUAAUAUUUAGUGUAUACUUAUAAUAAUAUUAGUACUUAUAAUUGUACUCUUUGUAAAGUUGUUACUAUAGUUAAAUAUAAUUUGAAUAAUGAAAGGAUUUUCGAGUCCGGUCUAAUUAGGCGAAUUUUAUU